AUGAAAGCCGAGGUGAACAUUCUCAUGGCCAUGCAUCUGGUCAAGAAAGCUUGGGUGUCUGUGCACCCAGACGUACUGAUCAACGCUUUCAUGAAAGCAGGGUUCAAAUCCACAUUGAUUCAGCCGGUGAUGCAGCCAUCAGAGGAUAAAUGCGAUCUGAUCGAGGACUUUACACAUGUGUCUAUUGAUGACCGACUUUUUGAAGAAGAAAUAGCCUGUUUGGAAUAUGAUGAGGAAGAAGUGGGUUGUUUAAAAUUUUUGUAUCAAGUCUCCUCUUAG